AUCGAUGACAAUGCACACACGCUACAUCAGUGGUGGAGGGAGUCAGCUGGUGAAUUCGACGAGGAAUGAUAAGCUCUUGUGAGGAAAACGUGUCCUGAGGAUUCGGGAUGUCACCAGAAUAAGGUGACAAGCUGGUAACAGAACUGGAAGAUCUUAGUUUGGCAACUAUCAUAGCGCAAAAGCAGAAUGAAGAAAACCCCAACCUCCGUUUAAAGAGAACAGAUACUGAUGUCGGAGUUGCAGAAUCGUGUGAUCAGCUCUGUGAACUAAUGAACCUGUUCAUGUAAAUUCAUAAUAGAUAUGAUAUCAUCGAGGGAUUUCCGCGGUCAGAUUUUGAGCGAAUAAUGUAUCCAGUUGGAUUUCGUGACAAUCUUCGGCAAGAAUAAGGAUACAUUGGAUGCCGUGAUAUAUUAGAACCAGGGUUAAUGCAGUUUAGGAGAAAGAAGUCAGAUGGACCGAAUCAUAUACACAAAGUCAGUGAGAUUGGAAGGAACCUGGCUGCGGAGGGUCAAUUCAAGGGAACAGGGUCAAGUUUAAGUUCAGGGUCUUAGUGGAUUAGUGUUAAGAGCAAAACUUAUGAUUCAGGGAUUGCUUUGUGUGGAAUAGACAAGAAGCAAGGUUGAUGAGUAACCUUCAGUAAGAUUACAGCUGGAGUCAGUGAAUUCUUGCAGAGACAUUUGAACUUUGAUCCGAGUUUAGUCAUAUUUGUGUGGAACAGGAAUAGUUAAGUGACGGUGACACGUAAGAAUACUUUGGAGUUGCAGUUGAGGGAAAUCGGUCAAAACAUUGGUGCUGGAAUAUGGUCAGAGAUUAAUGAGAAACCGUUGAUGCGUUCAUGUGUUUACCAUAUCUCUGAUCAUAAGCUUUCCUCUCUCACCAACAACUGUGUGACAACCAAAACUCCAUCGCCAUGGUGUUUUUCCAGCAGGCUGGCCGGGCCCUAAGCGGCCUCGGGCACGCCUUGUUCCGAACUAAGCGCCAGUAUCGGCCCUCCGGUGAGCCUUCGGACCUCUCAACAUGUCUGAGUACGCUGGACUUGAUCAGUUUAGGGAUCGGGAGUAUACUUGGUGCAGGGGUGUACGUGGUGGCCGGGCAAGUGGCCAAGAAUAUUGCUGGACCUGCUGUGAUUCUCUCGUUUACUAUUGCUGCCAUUGCGAGUUUGUUGUCAGGUCUUUGCUAUGCUGAAUUCGGAGCCAGGGUACCCAAAACCACAGGCUCCGCCUACGCCUACAGCUACAAAACCGUGGGGGAAUUCAUCGCUUUUGUCAUCGGCUGGAACCUGGUCCUCGAAUACAUGAUCGGGACUGCUGCAGAUGCGAGGGCGCUCAGCGGAGGCCUGGACUUCCUCACGGGCAAUAAGAUACAAUACUGGACUCUAGAACAUAUAGGACGGGUGCCGACCCUCGGAAGCUAUCCUGACUUCUUAGGUUUCUUCGUGACAAUUCUCGUGACGGCCGUCUUGGCCAUCGGAGUCAAAUCGUCUGCUGUGUAUACCUUAGUGUUCAAUACGUUAAAUAUCUGUUUGGUCGUCUUCAUCAUCAUUCUCGGAUUGUUUCACCUCAACUUUGACAACUGGAAGGGAACGCCUGGGUUCUUCCCUUACGGAGCUGAAGGGGUUUUGUCCGGUGCUGCGUCAUGUUUCUAUGCAUUCGUUGGCUUCGACAUCAUCGCGACCACGGGCGAGGAAGCUCGAACCCCAAGCAAGAGCAUACCCAUCGCAAUCGUGGUAACACUAGUCUCAUGUUACCUUGCUUACGUCGGGGUGUCAGCUGUCAUAUCUCUCAUCGUACCGGUCUCAACACUUGUCUCAAGCGCACCCCUAGCGGAGGCUUUCGGAGCUAUAGGGGUCCAUUGGGCGAAAUAUGUUAUCGGCUCCGGUGCAGUAUUCGGGCUAGCCUCGAGCCUAUUGGGCAGUAUGUUCCCGCUACCGAGGAUUAUCUAUGCAAUGGCGAGUGAUGGAUUAUUCUUUAAGUGUUUUAGUAAAGUGAACGAAAGGACGGAAACGCCUAUCCUAGCCACAAUAGUUCCUGGAGUCAUGACGGCGUUCUUUACAAUGUUAUUCGACCUUCAUGAGUUGGUGGAAAUGAUGUCGAUUGGAACUCUCUUGGCGUAUACAUUAGUGUGUACGUCAGUGCUCAUUCUACGGUAUCAGCCUGACGAAACUAAAAUUAUGGACACCUGUCUGACGCCAAAACGGUCUCCACGGCGACGGCCCAGACCUAAACUGGAUGUCAAAGAAAUCUUGAAAAGUGAUAUGUUUUCUAUCAAAGCUACCAUCCAAAGAGCACCAGAUAAACCGUCCGGGUCUACUGCUGCAACCAACGGUUUGGCUGCGUCUCCUAACGGCAGUGGUGCUCACUAUGACCCGACAUGUGAAGACGUAGACGACAGUUCUGAAUCUAGUCUCAGUGACAAUGAAAAUCAAAAUCUGAUCGAGAAGGAAGAUUCGUCCGAUCCUGACAUUGAUGCCAUUGUUAAUGAGUAUCGAGGAAAGGUCAAAAUCAGUCCCAAAAGGCAUGACCGGAAGUCAACAACGAAGUAUCCUGGGCCAACUUCCACUACAGGCAGACGAGUAUCCGUAGCAACUUUUGUCAUCUCGUGUUUGUUUCUGGUCUUCUCUCUUAUUGUUACGUACGCCAUAGACGCUUUGAAAGGAAGGAAUCCAAUUGCAGUUAGUAGCAUGAUCGUGGUGUCCAUGUUCAUAAUGGCUCUUGCAGUAUUUAUAGGACUACAACCCCAGGACAGGAAGGGUGCGGCCAAACUCUCAUUCAAAGUGCCACUAGUCCCCUGGCUCCCUCUAGUGACUAUAUUUGUAAACAUUUACCUCAUGAUUAAGCUGUCUAGGGUGACUUGGAUAAGAUUCAUCGUGUGGAUGUCAGUAGGAGUUCUGAUAUACUUCAUCUACGGCAUUCGAAACAGCACCGAGGCGAGGCCAUACCCCUUAUCAGAAGAAGAAAGAGUUCUAUUGGAUCCCAUCCCGCCGCCGGAAAUGACGCAAAGGUUAGUGCGGAGUCACAGGGAGGAUCACAAAGACGAGGAAGCGGGCAGCCUUUUGGCUCAAAACAUUAGAGGUUGAAUUGAAGAUGAUCAUGUGCAACACCACAGACAGUUGAUGCCAUAACCAGUGUUU